UCCCUCUGAGGUCGCAGUCAUCCUAUCUGUGUGUAUCGUCAAGGCUCAUGUAGUGUAUGUGACUGUAUGUUAAGGGGCUGAACUCAAAGCCCCCCGUGGCCGUCCUGACUGAGCAAAGGGAGGUUGUCGAAUUCCCCCAGAGACCCCAAUGCAGAUGGUGUGAGCAGUGAGGGGAAAAGUUUAUGACAGCUCUGCUGUUUUCGGUUCACGGUUGCCCCAUGGAGCUUUUUGAUUUUACCGAUGCAGCUAACGACUUUUUACCAGGCUGUUUGACUCAGUAAUGCACUUGUAUCGGACGGAGUCACGUUCUUGAUUGAGUCUUGGAUCACAGUGAAUCCACGUACUGGAUUUGUUUUGGUUUUAUUGGAUUUUUUUCACUUCUUCUGUGGACGUUUUCUGGAUAGCAGUUUUUAAGGGAAGGUCUGUCGGUUUGGUCAUGGAAGAGCAGGCUGGCAGCGCGAGCAACAGCCCUCAGCAUGGCCGCGGAUCAGCCAGGCAGGACGUUCUCCGACGCGGUUGGCUCCGGAAGCAAGGAGGUUUCGUGAAGACCUGGCACACGCGUUGGUUCGUCCUCCGAGGAGACCAGCUACACUACUACAAGGACGAGGAUGAGACCAAGGCUUUGGGCACCAUUUUCCUACCUGGCAACAGAGUCACCGAACAUCCCAGCAAUGGGGAGGAAAGCGGAAAGUUCCUAUUUGAAGUCAUCCCAGGGGGCGACAGGGAGCGAAUGACAUCCAACCAUGAGACGUACCUACUUAUGGCCAGCACACAGAAUGACAUGGAGGAUUGGGUGAAGACCAUCCGCAGGGUGAUAUGGGCCCCAUUUGGAGGAGGAAUCUUUGGUCAGAAGCUGGAAGAGACAGUUCGAUAUGAACGACGUUAUGGCAACAAAAUGGCUCCCAUGCUGGUGGAGCAGUGCGUGGACUUCAUCCGCCGCUGGGGUCUACGAGAGGAAGGGCUCUUCCGUUUGCCUGGACAAGCCAACCUCGUCAAAGAGCUUCAGGAUGCUUUCGACUGUGGAGAGAAGCCGUCUUUCGACUGUAACACAGACGUUCACACCGUGGCAUCCUUGUUGAAGCUGUACUUGAGAGAGCUGCCUGAGCCAGUCAUCCCGUUCUGUAAAUAUGAAGAGUUUCUGGCCUGCACCAAACUCCUCAGCAAAGACCAGGAUGAAGGAAUGAAGGAAUUAAGAAGACAAGUAGAAGGUCUACCUCUGGUGAACUACAAUCUGCUUAAAUACAUAUGCAAGUUUUUGGAUGAAGUUCAGUCCUACUCAGGUGUGAAUAAAAUGAGUGUACAGAAUCUGGCUACGGUCUUUGGGCCAAAUAUUCUGAGGCCAAAGGUUGAGGACCCGGUGACUAUAAUGGAAGGCACAGUACUGGUCCAGCAGUUGAUGGCCGUUCUGAUCGGCCGGCUUGAUGUUCUUUUCCCACCUGAAGAGGAACAUACUAGCACGCUGGAACUGGUUAAUAAUAACAAUAUUGAUACACAGAAACGGCCUACAAAUGGUCAGCUACAAAACAAAGAGAACAAUAACACCAGUGGGGUGCGACAAUGCACCUGGGAUGCACCCGAAUCACCCACCCGGGCUCCUCUGGACAAUGGCUCUCCACGCUCAGGCAGCCCACGUAAUGGUUUUACAGGACAGCGAUUCGAGGUGACCCGCAGUCCACCACUGGCGGUGAAAAAGAACCCGGCUUUCAGCAAAGGCAGUGGGAUUGUCACUAACGGAUCGUUCAGCUCGUCGUCAUCGUCCUCGGGUGACGCCAAUCAGGAAAAGUGUCAGACUCUACCAAAUAUGGGCACCCUGCAUGCCCGUCGGACGGGCGCAAUAAAGGGCUCGGGCACUAAGAUGGGGGUUCAGAAUGGUGUCGUUCGAAUGGGUGUAUCCAGCACUGACGUGACGAAUGGGACUCUGAAUGGGCGGAAUGGACUCUGGGUGCCCAAUGGUCAUGUUACAAUGCGCGAGGCUAAAAGUCGAGACGCCGAGAACCAGCCGAACCGUCUGUCCACAUAUGACAACGUCCACAUCCAUCAGCAGCAGACAACACAGCCCAGUCUGAGCAGCAGCUGUGAGGACAAACAGAGCGUGGAUAGCGCCACAUGGUCCACCUCGUCUUGCGAGAUCUCCUUACCGGAAAACUCAACCUCCUGCCGCUCUUCUACGACCACGUGCCCAGAGCAGGACUUCUUUGGCAACAACUUCGAGGAUCCUUUGUUGGACGGGCCGGUACAGGAGGACAACGCACUGGCAGUGGAUGACAGGGAGCAGCGGACCAGUAUUGGAGGAGGCCGGGGAAGCAGAGGAACCAGCAGCAGCGAUAACAGUGAAACGUUUGCCAUCACAAAUGGACCGACCAACCACAGUGCACUGCACAGCCUGGUGGCCAGCCUCAAACAAGAAAUGCUCAAGCAGAAGAAUGAAUACGAGGCCAGGAUCAAGAGUCUGGAACAUCGAAAUCUAGAGUUGGAGACCGUAAUGGCGAAUCUACAUGAAGAGCUGGACCAGGAGAAGAAGAAAUACACCAUGGUGGAGAUCAAGCUGAGGAACGCCGAGCGAGCCAAGGACGAUGCAGAAAAGAGAAACGAGAUGUUGCAGAAAGAGAUGGAGCAGUUCUUCUCCACCUUCGGAGACCUGACCGCAGACCCGCGACGGCCCGACAGAGCCAACACCAUCUGGAUCCAGUGAGCCGUUUCAUUCACACUUGUGUUGAGGACAGUCUACCAUUAACAUUACACUGUGUGGGCCGUGCUCAGACAGAACGUGACUAAAUCAACCUUCAUGGCAUCUCCUCAGCCGCUGUCACCUGUCCGUUCAAUGCAAAGUUUCGACACGGCUGAGCGAAGCCCAUUGAGCCAAAUUUUGGACCAGUCAUGAGAUUGCUGUUGGAUUGAACCGGUGGAAUUCAUGAAGAAGGAUGAUGGGAUGAUGCAGCUUGGAUUUUAAGGUAAAAGAUGUCAUGAUGAGUGUCAAACCAAAAGAAGGGGAUGUGACAGAAAAUGAGUGUCAAACAGAAAGAAGCGGAUUCUGACUCUAAAUAAUGACAGAAAACCUUUGCUCUGAAAGUGAAUGGUAAGAUGAACUCAGUUGAAUGUGAGAAAAUGAAUGACAAGAAUGAACAAUGAGUCUUAGAUGAUGGGAAUCUCCUGAAGGACGACAGAACCACGAAUGUCACUCGUAUUUCUUCUUGUGAUCCAACCAAAUGUGUCCUUGAGCUGUCAUGUAUCCUCUUGUGUAUAUAAAGGCGAAACAAUGUUAAAAAUUCCACGAUGAAAAACAAAUGUCUGUAUAAUUGCAAAUUAAAGUAAUGUUUAAUGUACGUAUUGAUAUUUAAACAGAAUUCUCAAUGUGUUACAUAUAAAUUUUAUAUCAAGGCUUUUCCUUGCACUUAAGCAUACGAGUUGCUGUUGUUUUUAGUAUGGUACAAAUAUGAGAUGUGGCAAACAUUUGAGUAUCAUUUAGUCUUCCCUGUUGCUUUUUUGCAUAAAUUUACCACUGCAAAUAAACAUUUUCUUCAUCAGUAUUAAAAAUAAUUCUUUUUUUAAAGCAUAAAUCUAACAAUUUAGGGAGGUUUUUGCUUUAAACAAAUAACUUUUGGCCAGUGGCGCAAAAUAAUACAUUCAUACAUUAUUUGAAAAAUGUCUCAGACAAAAUGUAAGAGUUUUAAGGUAUUUUUAUUGGGAAAAGACAAAAAUACUGAUGGAGAACAUGAUUUUUUGCAGUGCAUGCUGAUGCCAUGUGACCAAAACCAAGUAGACAAGGAAACCUGUAAAUACUUGUAAAAACGGGGCAAACGCUGUUGCCUGUCUUUGUCAUUUGUGCCUGUCGCACAUCAUUUGCUUUCAGCGGUGCUAGACGGGAGGAAGUCUGUUAAAAUGAAGACUAAAGACUUGACGAUUCAAACCCGAUGGGGUUUGUUCAUCUCUCGGACCACGUGUCUGUGCGUUUGGGGUCAUUUGCCUUGUCUUGUCUUCUACUGUAGCUUGAUGCAUUCAGUGAAAUGCGAUAACAAUUAAAUUAUGUGACCUCA